CUUUUCACGCAUGAUUUUUAGGUUAUGUUGCAUGACAGACAGUAAACAAAUAUACCCGAAAUAUCCAAAAAACCAAGUGUAAAUUGAGUAAUUAUCGUUAUUAUUAACAUUUAUCACAAUGAGUUCGAGUGGAAUAAAAUAUAUGAAGAAACCAAAUCCAUUUCCACAAGGAAUGAGGUGUCAAAAAUGUUUGGAAAUGGGUCAUUGGAGUUAUGAGUGCAAAGGAAAACGAAAGUACGUUCACAGAUCGUCACGAACAACACUCCUUCGGAAGCAAUUGCAAAAAAAGGAGACCCCUGAUAUUGAACCGGAAACUGCGGUGGUCAAGGAGGAGAAGGUUAAGAAGAAUAAGAAAAGGAAGGAUUCUGUCAGUUCGAGUAGUUCAGAAAGUUCAUCAAGUUCAAGUAGUGAUAGUGAUAGUUCAUCGGAUUCGGAUUCAAGUAACAGUGACUCGAGUAGCUCUAGUAGUUCUAGUAGCAGUUCCAGUUCUUCGAGCAGCAGCAGUAGCAGUAAUUCAAGUCACACUUCUAGUAAAGUAUCGAGCAAGAAAAAAAAAAAGAUAAAACAUAAUUAGUUAAAAAAAUUCUUUUUUUUUAAUCAAUCAAUUCCUAAUUCUGUAAAUUUCAACAAAUGAUUGUAAUUAUUUUUGUAAUCUAUUGUCAUGACGUUUUUAUUAAAACAAAAUUUAUUAA